CUGCAAAAAAAAUUAAAUGGUGUGAUUUAUGUCAUAAUGAUGAAAAAAGCAUAGUGGGACGUCGCAUGCUUGCCUUAAUUGACAUACGACUACAUCAGGCCUUUCCUGAACAUCAAAAUCACCCUUUGGUAGUCGAUCUCCAUGACCCUUUAUCAAACGAUGGUAUUGCUUCAUAUAAGCAAUUUCAAGACGUUUAUCAGCUUGAUGUUGUUCAAUAUCAGUCUGGUAAUUCAGAUAAGCAACAUAAUUUUAGGACCAUUUUGUUACAUUUGCGUGAUAGUGAAUCAACAUUUGAUGAUUGGAGAUUGCUUACCACACAAUUCAAUGAAGCCAUAUAUAUCUUGCCUCAGAAAGUUGACGUUGAUGAAAUUAAUAUUAGUAAACUUAGAUCGUUAAAUCGACCCAUUGCUAGGAUUCACACUGUUCAUACAAGUAAUGAAGUAUCUAAAACUAAUUCAGAUAUAGCGAAAGGUCUUGAAGCACGACUACU